UUAUUAAAAGUCAAGAUGGUAAGUAUAAAGUGUUUGAUAUUUCCAAUAAUUUUUAGAAUUUUGACUUUAACUCCAAUAUUUGUUUACGACGAUUUUGAAACUUAUGAUUCUUUCGCGGUAACAGAAUGCGUUGAUCAUGGUUUUCUCUGUAACCCCGAUCUUGAAAAUCCAUGCUGUGAAAAUUUUACCAUAUGUGAAUUGUAUGAUUGGCCAAAUCAGUAUUACUGUUUAGGCAAUGGUACAUUACAAGACUAUUGUAAGCUUAACAUAGAUUGCAACUUGGUAAACAACACGAUUUGUUCUAAAAAUAAAUGCGUUUGCGCUGAAAAUUAUACGCCAUUAAAUGCAACAGCAUGUGGAUCAUUAAUAAAAGGUGAUUGUGAUGUUGAUGAGCAAUGUGUUGCCGAGAAUUCGCAUUGCGUGAAUAAAACAUGCGCUUGCAAGCCCGAUUUCACCUUUGUUACAGAAAAUGAAUGCGCUCUAACUUACACUGGGCAAUUUUGCAACUCUGAUCAAGAUUGUUUUGAUGUUAACCGAGCAACAUGUUCAGAUAACCACAAAUGUACAUGCAGAGAAAACAGCUUUGCAAGAAUUGAUAAUGAUGUUUGUUUAUCGUUAAUAAAAGGUUAUUGUACCAAAGAUUCCGAUUGCGUUCCUUUAAAUUCCGUUUGUCGAAAUAAUUAUUGUACUUGCGAUUACAUGUUUAUAGCUGUAUCUGAUCACGAAUGUAAAUUAUCUUAUUUAGGGCAGACUUGCAACAAAAAUGAAGAUUGUAUUGAAACUAAUCGAGCAAUGUGUUCUGAAGAUAAAAAAUGUGUUUGUAAAGAAAAUCAUACUAUAUUUGAAGACGCAGUAUGUGUGUCGUUAGUGGGUGGAUAUUGUUGGCGUCACGAAGAUUGUUUACCUGAUAACACUAUUUGUGUAGGUGAUAGAUGUCGAUGUAAAGAACAUUAUGAACUUCGAUCUAAUAAUCACUGCGUACGAAAACUUUUGGGACAGCAUUGCAAAUCUUAUGCAGAUUGCGAUGAUAUCAGAUACGCUAAAUGUUCCGAAGACUUAUUGUGCGUUUGUAAACACAACCAUUAUGCAAUGGAUGAUACCACGUGUGGAUCAUUAUUGAACGGUUUCUGUAUUGAAAAUGGAGAAUGCGAAGUAUAUAAUUCGAUUUGUGUCAACCGAAAUUGUCAGUGUAAGGUCGGAUUUGUUCAAGAAUCAAAAUUUCGAUGUGUCUCAGCUUCUUUGAAUAAAAAUUGCGACACGGAUGAAGACUGUGGAAAUAUUUGGCGGUCAGAGUGCUCAGAUAGUAAAGUAUGUGUUUGUCUAGUGAAUCAUACUGUAGUUGGCGGCUCACGAUGUGCACCAUUACUUGGCGAAUUUUGCCUUAAUGCCGAUGAUUGCGCACCACAUCGAUCUGUCUGCUUCGAAAGUAAAUGUGACUGUCAAUCAGGUUUUGUAGUUCAAUCCAAUACUGAAUGUGUACCAGCUCUGUUGGGAAAGCCUUGUGAAAUAGAUGUAGAUUGCAUUGAAAUAAAUCAUUCAAAAUGUUCAAAAGACAAUGUUUGUAUUUGUCGAGAAAAUACUAUUGCAGUAAGCAAUUCUAGUUGUGAACCACUUUUGGGUAGUUUUUGUUGGAAGAAUGAAAAAUGCGCUCCAGAUAAUUCUGUUUGUUUGCAAAAUGAAUGUCGAUGUAAACCUUCUUUUGAGCCACUGUCUUCUAAUUGCGUAAAAUUGCCGUUAGGAAAAUCUUGUGUGACAGAUUCUGAUUGCAUCACAACGAGUUAUCUAAAAUGUUCGCGAGACGACAAAUGUGUUUGUAGAGCAUUCUACAUUGAGGAAGAUCAAAUCAAUUGUAGGCCUCUUUUGAACGGAAUUUGCCUGACUAAUAAUGACUGUUUACCCGAGUAUUCUGAAUGUAUUAAUGGCAAAUGUAGGUGCCAGGAAAAAUUCAUACCUGUGUCCAAUGAUCAAUGUAUACCAGUUGAACCCCGUAAGCAAUGUAAUAGUGACAAUUCUUGUAACGACCGACACGCAAAUUGUAACGAAGUCAAUGAAUGUGAAUGUGCAGUAUUAUAUGAAAAGAGAAACGGAACAUGCAUGCCAUUGAUAGAAAAUUUUUGUUUCAAUGGCGAUGAAUGUUUUCCCAAUCACUCUGAGUGCGUCUAUGGUCUAUGCCACUGUAAAUAUCAAUUUAAAGCUCACUCCAAUAAUAUGUGCUUGCCAAUUGUUUGAAAGGUGAAAUAUGAGUUUUAUGAUAA